AUGCACGAUGAUUACCGUUAUAAUGAUGAGUUAUUCUUUGAUAGACUUGCUGGCCAUAAGCUUGCUUUUUCUGUCAACUCAAAGAAUCUAAUAAGUAAAGCAAUCCAAGUUCAAGAACAAAUGGAUUGUGUGUUUGCUUGUGUUGGCUUUACUUGGUGUCGUUCGAUAAACUACAAGACUGUCUCUGAAAGAAGUGGUCUCCAUGACUGUGUGCUGUUGCCUAUUGAUAAGCAUGACCAGUCACUCACACAAGAUGACAAAUUUGCUUACUUAAGCAUCGAAAACCCGACGUGUGAAAAAGAGCCGUGUCUGCAUGGAGGCACAUGUAGGGUUGAACACAACAGAAGAGAUUAUCGCUGUCAGUGUACACCAGGAUACACCGGGGAAAAGUGCCAAAAUGAUGUGAACGAGUGCCUUGGAUCUCCUGGUUGCCACAGCAACGCACGAUGUGAAAACACCGCUGGCUCCUACAGAUGUGUUUGUAAUACUGGGUAUUCUGGUGAUGGUCGUACGUGCUCUGAUGUGAACGAGUGUCUUGGAUCCCCUGGUUGMCAUAGCAACGCACGAUGUGAAAACACCGCUGGCUCCUACAGAUGUCUUUGUAAUACUGGGUAUUCUGGUGAUGGUCGUGCGUGCUCUGACAUUAAUGAGUGCCUUGGAUCUCCUGGUUGCCACAGCAACGCAAGGUGUGAAAACACCGCUGGAUCAUACAGAUGCGUGUGCAACAGUGGAUAUGUCGGAGAGGGUCGUAAUUGUAGCCUUGCUUCAGGCAUUUGGAAAGAAUAUACACCUUAUAUUUGUGGCAAAGGAAGAAAACUUUUGCAGUCACGAAGAACAAAGGAACAGUGUAAGCAACUGUGCAUUGGAAAUGCAGGCUGUAUAGCAGUUGAAUGGUGGGGCGCGUACUCUACAUCUUGCUUUAAGUGCCCCGAUCCACAAGGAAGACAAAGUUAUACCAACACAAAAGACAUAUCGUACCCGCCUUAUGUAAUUAUCAGGCCAUAAAUUAAGCAUUGCACUCUACCCCAGGCUGCAUAGUAGUUGAAUGGUGGGGCACGGAGAGUAACUAUGCUCCAAUCUACAUAUGAGGAAGAAUAAUUAUAUACAGCAUACCUUAGUACGCACUUCCAUAUGUUUUUUUAUCCGCCUUAUUUGAUUAAGUGAGGGAACAUCAUUUUAAACUAUCAACAUAUCUUAGAGAAAAUACCCCCCUCCCUCAAAAAAAUGUUGAGCCAACGUCCCAACCACGAACCCCCCUCCAAGAAAAAAAAAAGGAGAAAAGUUGAACAGGCAUUUUGUUAAAAGAGUGCAAAUAUUCCUGGCGCUGUCUCUUGAUUUAGAGCAUGGAUGACUUUGUUUUGUUAGUAAGUAGACCUCUUUACCUUGUGCGUUGUGUUUUCCCAUUUCAGACCAUGUGUCAUUCGAUUCUUUGGUUAACGGUUGCGCAUAGAAGACACAU